AGAAGAAGAAGAACCAUAGCAACGCUCAAACAAAGAUGGCCGUCCCAGUUUGUGCAGUCUGUUUUAAUAUGUCAAUUUUUUGUUUAUUUAUCUCCAUUAUUUCGGUUAAUUGCGCUGAAAAUGCAACCAGCGACACCAUUAACACCUUUGCGCCCGUGGAACUGAACUCUACAUACAAUUUUACGGAUAUUUUUACAUCUACAGAGCCGACAACCAGCCCGACAUGGAGCUCCUACCGUCCCACAGAGCAGCCUCCUGUGGCCGCGGAGCCCCUGCCUGUCUCCGGUGCCCUCAGCUCCGCGGUAACCGAGGCGGCUAGGAGGUGUCCCUGUGAUGAAGUGGCGGCGGUGUGUGACGUGAACUGCUGCUGUGACAGAGCCUGCAGCGAGGAGGUGGCCCUGUUCACCAGCUGCUCGGUCAGCGCUGUCAGGAGUGGCAGCCAGCAGCUGUGCAGCCAAGAUGUAGCGCACUACACUUUAAGGACCACCAUCGACGGCUACUCGGAGCUGCAGUCGUCUGUUCAGAUGGAGACGAACUAUGACAUCUUCUGCAUCCAGUCACAAAACCGCUUUGAUGGACUGUCUCAUCCCUCACCGCCUCUUCCUACUGACAGCAACUUUGAUUCGCUCUUCAGUCAGUUUGUCAGCUUCAUGUUUGGCCCAGAGGACAGAGACGGUGUGCAGCCUGCAGAUGUUCAGGCCUUAUCUGGAUACCAGUUCGGAGAUGUUUUGGCUACAGCAGAACCGAGUGGACACAAAGGGAUGUUCUACCUUCCAGCUGCUGGUGUCACUGCUGACUGUGUGAACAAAAGUCCUGCAGCAUUCCUGGAGGACCGGAGCAGUCGAUGUUCCCAGCGGGUGGUCCUGGAUGCGGACUGUAGUUCUCUGCAGGCCCUCAGGAUGGACACCUAUACCAACAUUCAGCUGUUUGCUGGGAAGAACCCAGACGCAGCAAUGGACAUGCUGAACUCCUGUCUCCUGGUGCUGCCUGAGGUUGUUCCUGUGGACGUGGCUUCAGUCACCCUGCAGUCGACAGAAGGGGCACAGGCUGAGCUAGCUGUCAGCGGUGGAGCCAGCGUCCUUCCUGAGCUCAUUACCCCCACCCUCUGUGCUAAUGUGGUGCUGAAGGUUGUGUAUGUGAUUAAGCAUAACUCAGCUGGUGAGAUAGAGAAUGCAAGCGUGUCUGUGGUGCUUGGAUUCAUCAGCGAAGCUGGAACGCCCCUGCAGCAGGAGUUUCAGGUCAUGUAUAUCCAGGAUGGUGGAGAGCGUGGCAUCCAUCACAGUGGAAACCCGGGUUAUGUGGUUGGAAUGCCUCUCAUGUCAGGAGACAGAGCAACAGAUGGCAUCACUAGAAGCAUCGUCCUCAAAGACACCCUGUCUCUGCUCGGCAGUACUGAAGACCAGGACUGUCUGUGGGGUCGUCACCAGCGCUCUCCUGUCCUGUUUGGUCUGGACUACAUAACAGGCUGUACAUUAAGACUGGAGGACAUAACCAACUGCUCCCUCGUCUCCCAGCUGCUCCUGGACGUUCUGAGAGGACCACAUUAUCCCCACUAUGUGGCUUCCUUUGGAAACUCCCCGUUAGAAAAUGUACUGGACUGGGUGCCAGUCAAGACCAACAUCAAUCCCACGGAAGCACAGAGUUGCAACAUCCCACUGUCGCUCCAUUUAGAAGUAGAAUGGACCAAAUAUGGAUCCCUGGUGAACCCCCAAGCUCAGAUUGUGAACAUCAGAGAGGUGACUGAGACCAACCGCAGCAGCUUGGAACGGCUCUCUGGUGGCGGCAGCAUUUUACCAAUCAGAAGCUCAGUAGCCUUCAUACCGGUAUCUGCAACAGCGCUUCCUGGCUACAGAGCUACGCCCAGCAUCGAUGCUAAGCUACCCUUUGACUUUUUCUUCCCUUUUGUCUGAACCAUCCAUAAAAAAUGAGGCAUUUCUCUUUUUUCUUUUCUUUUUUUAUUGUGUAAAUACUGUAUACAAGAGUUUCUAUAUGAACAUUUUACAAAUAAAAUAUCUAUUUUUUCAUUA